GUUUUUGGGAACACUGAAUGAAGCGUUAGAUAACUGUUAUAAAACACACAAAGGAGAAUGUUGGAUAACUUUCUGCAAGCAACAACACGCAGAGCGCGUCCGCUUUGAUCACCAGUAAGAAUUUAAAGUGAGUAGAUUAUCACUGACACGGACAUUUGAUGAGGAAAAAGAGUUAAAAGAAGCUGAAAAGGAAGAUGAAGAGGAGCCGAUCAGGAAUCAAAGAUAAAGAGGAAGAGGAGGAACUUCAGAGGAAAGUAAAAUAUAAGCCACACUCUUCCACCAAGCGAGCAUCACAAACCACCAUCCAAACCAGUAAGUACUUCCAGUCACCAGUAAAGGAAGAGGAUUCUCGGAGAGGUGAUGACUUCAAUGUGGUUUCCAUAGCAACGUGUGUAGAAAAAAUGAAUCCCAAGAAACAAGAGGAGGAGGAGAGUGAGGAAGAUGAUGACUGGGAGGAAGUGGAAGAACUGGCUGAGCCUCUGGAUCCAUCCAAGCCACCUGAACCUGUCCUGCCCUCUCAGCCAGUAGAAAUAGAGAUCGAGGGUCCACAAGUCAGGAAAAGGAAGAAGAUGAUGGUGGCAUUUGAAGCACAUCUGAAGCGGAUGAUGAACCGUUACAAGAAAAACCUGCUCGUUGACACACACAAGGUUCACCUGAUGUGCCUGAUAGCCAGCGAGAUGUUUCGCAACCGUAUGUGCAGUGAACCGGACCUGCUUGCCAUUACGCUGUCUUUGCUCCCUGCCCACUUUGGCAUGGUCGCCAAGCAACGGAUUGACCAAAACUACCUCUCUGGGCUGCUCAAAUGGUUUCGAGCAACUUUCACCCUCAACCCGAGUCUUCCUCCUGACGAUGGUACUGACCCCAGGGCUCUGCUGGAGCGGCGAUUGGCCAGCCUGUCAUUCAGAAACCACCAGGAAAUGACUCAUCUUUUCCUGUUGGUUCUGAGGUCUCUUCAGCUCUUUUGUCGAUUGGUUCUGUCUCUGCAGCCGGUCCCUCUUAAACUCUCAUCUAAAGAGAGCAAAAAGUUUAAAACAUCGGCCGGGUCUACAACAAAGAAUGACACAGAUGAGGGACUCUGCGAGACCAGCCCCCAUGAGUCAAAGGUCUCUCCUGGCACCAAGAGGCCACCCAGAGGGAGAAAGACCAAAGGGAACAGAGGAGGAAAGAAAGCCAAGAGGCAAAACAUAAAGGAGGAUGAUGAGGAAGAGGAGAAGGUCAUACCGACAGGACGGCAGAGGCCAAAGAACGCGAAACGACGCAGUGUUGCCUCAAAGGUCAGCUACAAAGAGGAGAGCAACAGUGAAGGAGAAGAUGAUGAGAGGCUUAGUGAUGAAGAGGAUUUUCAGGUGACAAAUGAGGAGAACAGUGAUGAUUCAGAUGGCGAGACUAAAUCCACAAAGACAACAACGAGAAAAGCCAGAGUGUGCAAAAACCAAAGCACCCAGGCUCCAAAGAGAAGGAGCGAUGGAGAGAACAAACAGGGAAUGGAUGAAGAUGAAGAGAUGGAGGACUUUGAAAAAGAGAACAGCAGAAUAAAGCGAAGAAGUGGGAAAAAGAGGGAGGGGCCUGGAGAUGAUGAAUGGCUGGAGGUGUAUGUGGAAAAAAUGUCUUCAUGGGUUUGUGUUGAUGUGGAACAUGGCGUGGGGCUGCCCCACCUCUGCUUCCAGAAUGCAACAGCACCGGUGACAUAUGUGGUGGCAGUGGAUGGAAACGGGUUUAUAAAAGACCUGGGCAGAAAAUACGACCCUGCCUGGAUGACGUGUUCCAGGAAGAGGCGUGUCAAUGAAGACUGGUGGGAGGAAACACUUCAGCCAUUUCUAGGACCAAAGGACGAGCGGGACAAGAAGGAGGAUGAGGAGGUUCAGAAUAAGCUUCUGAACAAAGCCCUGCCGAUCUCCAUAACGGAGUAUAAGAACCACCCGAUGUACGCCUUAAAGAGACACCUGCUCAAGUACGAAGCCAUCUAUCCCACCUCUGCAGCGGUGCUGGGAUACUGCCGGGGAGAACCGGUCUACUCGAGAGAUUGUGUCCACACGCUGCACUCCAGAGACACGUGGCUGAAACAAGCUCGAACCGUCAGACUGGGAGAGGAGCCGUACAAGAUGGUGAAGGGCUUCUCUAAUCGCUCCCGAAAAGCUCGAAUGAUGUCAGAGCUGAAGGAUGAGAACGACCUGCCCCUGUUCGGAGAAUGGCAGACGGAACAGUACCAGCCCCCCGUCACUGUGAACGGGAAGGUUCCUCGCAAUGAUUACGGCAACGUGUACCUGUAUCAACCUUGUAUGUUGCCGGUGGGAUGUGUUCACCUCAGGUUGCCCAACCUGCACCGCGUGGCCAAGAAGCUCAACAUUGAUGCUGUACCUGCGGUCACUGGCUUCGACAUACAUAAUGGAUUCUCGCACGCUGUGACUGAUGGCUACGUUGUUUGUGAAGAGCAUGAAGAGGUUCUCCGAGCUGCCUGGAUUGAAGAACAACAAAUCCAAAAGGAGAAGGAGAAAGAGAAGCGUGAAAAGAGGGUGAUAGCCAACUGGACCGUUCUGGUGAAGGGGCUUCUGAUCCGAGAAAGACUUAAAAAGCGCUACGGCAAGAAAACUCAGGGGUCUCGGAGUCAGAUUUCCAGUAAAGACUCUGAAAUGGGACCCAAUGGGCUUUCUUCUGAUGAGGAAGUGGAUGAAGGUGGAAGUCCUGAAGAUAAGUCAGCAUCUGACACUCUGGCCUUGUCUUGGCCACAAAACAAACAAGUGAAGGAAGACUCUGGGACCACGAGUGGACUGAAAAAGACGAGGAGAGAGAAGAAAGGACAGGAAAAACACUUGUUCCCCUUUGAGAAAACAUGAUGUUUGUGAUCCAAAACUCAGAGCUGUUUGAAGUGAGAAUGCUCCUCUUUGACGUGGAGGAAUGAGGAUCCAGACACAGCAGAGUCUUCUGAGUACUUAAAACCACUUUAAAUCAAGAUUCAGCAAAUGCUUUUAAGGUGGAUUCCAUACCACCAAGUUUGUUUAGUCUAAUUUGAAAGCCAAACCACUUGGUUUCAAACACAAUUGGUUGUCACAACGGCUCAGGCCUGAAAUCAUCUGAGCCUCAGUCUGGAUCUGGAUUGGCGUUUUUAAUGGGUUUCGGUAAUUGGGAAGCCACUUUUUCUGGAGAUGGGUCUUCAAAUCACUUGAGCUUUUUACUCACAGGAGAGCAACAAUGUGUCUGCAAAUUUGAGAUGAGCUGGUUCUGGAUCCAGACCUGGAAUCUGCGAUAUUUUAUUGAGUUUUUACCAUCAGAAGACAUUUUUUAAACCCUUUUUGUUGGCCCCCAUCUCUUGUAAUAUUGCUUCAAUCCAGCUGAUAUAUUUUUUACACCAUAGUGUUCAAUUCUUCUCUGAGAUCUAGGAGAACCAGACCUUAAUUCUGAAAUGUUUGAAACUCAUUUUUACCA